UUCACCAAACAAUAUCCUAAGAAAGACUCUCCCACCUCAUCUCACGUUGUCUAAGCUUAAGGCUCACUAGUAUUUAUUAUUUAAGCUCGCUGUGGGCAAAUGGUGACACACACACAGAGUUAAGAAGAAGAUCAUGUGGAAGCUGAAGGUAGCAGAUGGUGGCAAGAACCCAUACAUAUUCAGCAUCAACAACUUCGUGGGAAGGCAGACAUGGGAGUAUGAUCCUGAUGCAGGUACUCCUGAGGAACGAGCUCAGGUUGAAGAAGCUCGUCAGGAUUUCUAUAACAACCGCUACGAGGUCAAGACCUGUGGCGACCGACUUUGGCGGUUUCAGGUUAUGAGGGAAAAUAACUUCAAACAAACAAUACCGAGUGUGAGAAGGGCCGCACAUCACCUAGCAGGAUUACAGACCAGUGAUGGCCAUUGGCCUGCUCAAAUUGCUGGUCCUCUGCUUUUCACGCCUCCCUUGAUCUUUUGUAUGUACAUAACAGGUCAUCUUGAUUCUGUAUUCCCAGAAGUGUACCGCAAAGAGAUUCUUCGUUACACAUACGUUCAUCAGUGUUGUCUACUUUUGUCAAUGUUGCCUCCAGAGAUUGUAGGGGAAAAGAUAGAGCCUGAAAGGUUAUUCGAUACUGUCAAUCUCCUAUUGUCACUUCAGAGUAAAAAGGGUGGUUUUGCAGUAUGGGAGCCAGCAGGAGCUCAGGAGUGGCUGGAACUACUCAAUCCCAUAGAAUUUUUUGAGGACAUUGUAAUUGAGCAUGAAUUGGUUGAGUGCACUGGAUCAGCAAUUGGAGCCUUAGUUUUGUUCAAGAAUCAUUAUCCAGAGCAUAGAAAGAAAGAGAUCGAGGAUUGCAUUGCUAAUGCAGUUCGUUACUUUGAAGAUAUACAAACAGCAGAUGGUUCUUGGUAUGGAAAUGCAGGAAUUUGCUUCAUUUAUGGUACUUGGUUUGCACUUGGUGGUCUAGAAGCAGCUGGCAAAACUUAUGCCAAUUGUGCUGCCAUUCGCAAAGGUGUUAAAUUUCUACUCACGACACAAUCAAAGGAUGGUGGGUGGGGAGAGAGUUAUCUAUCAUGCCCAAAAAAGAUAUAUGUACCUCUUGAAGGAAACCGAUCAAAUGUUGUACAGACAGCAUGGGCUCUUAUGGGUUUGAUUCAUGCUGGCCAGGCGGAGAGAGACCCUACUCCACUUCACCGUGCUGCAAAAUUGCUCAUCAAUUCUCAGCUUGAAGAUGGUGAUUGGCCCCAACAGGAUAUUACUGGUGUGUACGUGAAAAAUUGCACGCUGCAUUACCCAAUGUACAGAAAUAAUUUUACAACGAUGGCCCUAGCUGAAUAUCGUCGACGGGUUCCAUUACCUUCCACUGCUGUUUAACUUGUAAAGAUAGCUGUGAGCACAAAAAGGCACAGCCACAUCAAUAGAUCAUGCAAAUAAAAUAAUCAAACAAGUUUUGACCUUGUACAAUUGUACUCUUAUUACUAUAGUAUGUAUUUAGUGUCGGUUUGUUGCCUGUUAAAUUUUUUAUUAAGUUGUUUUUAUUUCCAUAACACACUUUUUUAUCUUAUUGUUUUGCUUGAGGUAUAAAAUUGUGUUGUUCCUGCUUUACUACUUCUUUUAAUAAAAAGCGAGAAGUUUCUACUUCUUUCCUUAACA